AUGGCUGUUUCACUAUUGUAUUUUCUGCUUGUGACAAUUUUACCACAAAAUUACCCAAAUGAACCCGCUGUUGUUACUAAGAUCGCCACAGCAUUGAAUGAUUCUACAGCCGACGGGAACGUCUUGUUCAAAUUCACAGUUGCAGGUGAAGCUUCAGUUAUCGUCAUCGUCAGAGUACGAAGCAACGCUGCCUUAGACAGAAUCACCAGUAGGCUGAGAUGUACUGGGUAUCUAGAAAUCAGGAGUCAGCCAAUAAUUACUUAUGAAAGCCAUGCACGAAAUCUGAAUGUUUCCGCUGAUUUAACUGGUCCUUACGAAGGAACUCUACAACCAGAAAACAUUUACUGGUUUAAUUUGAGGGUUGACUACAACAAUAAAACCACGGAAGAGUUGUUGGAUAUUUGGAAAACUGAAGCGGAGAGUUUUUUAGGAUCUAGGAAAAGUGGAAGUGUGCGAGCUGUGGCGUUCAAGAAUCUUGGUGAAAGAGAAGUUCAGUUGUUUAUUAACGCUCCACAGCCAGAUCAGUUUGACCUUCUGUUGUUUAAUACACCUAUUGUACAAGCCAUUGGCUCUGACAUCCGCGCCAUGUCAAAGGGUGUGCUGUUUCUGAAUUAA